CUUUAGUGUUCAAACGUUCGACUGCAAGCACUGUGCGAUGCUGAUGCUUUGUGAUAUGUGGCUGGCUCAGACAAGGCACCGUUGAUAGCAAUCUUAGUACGGCAUCUCGCUGAAUAAAAAAAAGCCUUGCAUUCAGGGUCACACUCUGCAGUGCGGCGCAGAAGCGAUCUUAGCAAGCAAAUCGCUUCUCAAACUCGUCCCGUAACCGCACAACAACCGUUACACAAUGUCGCUCCCAACCGGCCACAAAAUCCUGCCGCUGACGAAGCGUCAGGCUGAGAUCGACAAGUUGUUCAAGGGACAUCUUGCGGGAGCCCACACCUUGCAGCCCGACGGCUGGUUCUUCCCCACCACGCAGAAGAAAUAUUGCCAGGAAAUUCUGGAUUUCGAGUAUGAAGAAAAUGACGUGGUCGUGAUGACGAUGCCCAAGAGCGGCACCACCUGGACCCAGGAGGUCGUAUGGACCAUGCGCAAGAACCCCAACCUCGACAACCCCGACGCCAACCAACCUCUCCACGUCAGGUCCCCCGUACUCGAAGCGGACUUUCUCAUUGACGGUCUGGAAGACAAGGGCGGCUUCGCUAAUUUAACCAAGGAGCAAGGCAAAGAUCCCGACAAAAGCGUCUGGUUGAACUUCGUUCGGUCCGCACACAGACCCAGAAUUAUUAAGACCCAUCUGUCCUUUCCCUUCAUCAAUGAGACGGCACUUUCCAAAGCCAAGAUCGUUUACACCAUCCGAGAUCCUCGCGACGUGUGCAUCUCCUACCACCACCACUCGCGCCUCUUCAAGUACGAGGGCUUCACUUACACGAUGUCACUUCCAACCGGACACAAAAUCCUGCCGCUGACGAAGCGUCAGGCUGAGAUCGAAAGGUUGUUCAAGGGACAUCUUGCGGGGGCCCACACCCUGCACCCCGACGGCUGGUUCUUUACAACCGCGCAGAAGAAAUAUUGCCAGGAAAUACGGGAUUUUGAGUUUGAAGAAAACGAAGUGGUCGUUAUGACGAUGCCCAAGAGCGGCACCACCUGGACCCAGGAGGUCGUGUGGACUAUGCGCAAGAACCCCAACCUCGACAACCCCGACGCCAACCAACCCCUCCACGUCAGAUCCCCCAUACUCGAAGCUGAUUUCGUCGCCGACGGCUUGGAAGACAAGGGCACUUUCGCUAAGUUUACGAAGGAGCAGGGCAAGGACCCCGACAAAGGGGUCUUCCUAGACAUUGUGCGCGCUGCAAAAAAGCCUAGAGUUAUUAAAACUCAUCUGUCCUUCGACUUCCUUAAUGAGACGGCACUUUCUAAGGCCAAGAUCGUUUACACCAUCCGAGAUCCUCGCGACGUGUGCAUCUCCUACCACCACCAUUCGCGCCUAUUCAAGUACGAGGGCUUUACGGGAACCUUCGACGAGUACGUCGAUGCUUUCAUCGAAGGCGCAGUGUUGAACGGUCCGUACUGGGCUCACGUGAAAGCCGCGUGGGAUCGCCGCCACCUGCCCAACCUUCACAUUCUUUUCUACGAGAAGAUGAAGAAAAACCCCAAGGAGGAGUUCACGAAACUCAGCCAAUUCCUGGGCGCCAACCUCACCGAACAACAAAUUGACAAUGUAUGCAUGGAUGAUUAAUUGAGUAUUUGUGCUAAUGUAUGGGCAAAAUAAUUCACGCUUAAGAUUUGUAUGAGCUGGGCAGGGU